AGCGAAGAUGAACAAUGGUCAUUUGCCAUUGUUACUGGGCUUUCUGUUGUCCUUAACAGCCUGUUACAUUUGUCUUGAAGUAGAUGAAAAUGCUGCCAUUGGUAAAAUGGCCAAUCAGUCGUCCAUAUUCGGUAACUAUGGUCCAUACAGAGCGAUUGAUGGGAACCGCAAUGCAAACCUUGGUUACGGCGGCUCCUGCACCCACACAAAUGAGGAAAUGAAACCCUGGUGGAGAGUUGACCUGUUUAAUGUUCACAAUAUCUCCUCUGUGGUUGUGACGAACAGAGGGGACUGCUGUCCUGAAAGACUCAACGGAGCAGAGAUUCGUAUUGGAAACUCCCUGGUAGACAAUGGCAACAGUAAUCCAUUGUGA